AUGAUUGUAUCGAGAUUAUCUUCCAUAAAUGGACUAAAAACCAUAUCUUCCUCUGCAAGUGGUGUUAAUUUUAGUCAAUCGCGUACUAUUGUCGGAUUUGUGAGAAAUGCACUUGGUCUGGAACCACCUCCAAAUCCUGAUGAACCCCAAGUGGGCAAUAGGUUCUUCCCUUGGGAACAAUCUCCAUCAUCUGAUUUACGUGAAAGAGCUGCUAGAAUUAAGAAACUAGCUAAAUGCCCAGUAACUGGGAAAAAUAUUGAAUACACUUGUCCAAUAUCAGGUAUUCCAACUCAUCAUUCUAAAGAAGCCUGGGAAAAAGAUGAUAAUUACCAUAAGAAUAAAAUUUAUGAAAAAUUAAAGAAAGUUAAUAUGUAUGAACAUGAUUUAAGAAGUGGUAGAUCAUUCCCAGAGUUUAAUUUCCCUAAUGCUCAGGGGAUGGAUCGUGCAGUUAAUUUACAAAAUUGGGAUUUAUUUUUUUAUACAAGAGGAUUUUAUUCCAUGGAUACAGAAUUCCAAUUAGCUACAGUUACUAAAAUGUUAAGUUAUCCGUUAACAAUUGGUUCAAUCAUGCAUGAAUUCUCACCUUACUCCUUAUAUCCUCGUGGCCCAAUAACGCUUGAGGGUCUGAAAUCUAUCGCUGCUCUAAGAUAUACCCUAUAUCCUCAACAACAUAAGACAGCUACUCCAAGGGAUAGACCAACAAGAAUCUUUAUUCUAGGUGCUCGUGCUGAAAGUCAACUUCCAGGUCAUGUUUGGAAACAAUUGCAGUAUUUGUUCCCUACCCAAAGUUUUGAUAUUCAUUUUAUUGGUCCAGAAUGUAUGAUAAACCAGGAUAAAUUGAAUAGUGAAGCUAUAUCUGUUUCAGGUGGUGAAUCAGGUGUAUCAUCCCCAGAUGUCAUUCCAUCCGGUAAACCAUUGACUAAGAAAAUUGAUGAUACUUUAUCAUUAAUUUAUCACCCUCAAUAUUUCCAUACAUUACAUGAAGCCCAAGAGUUUUUCCCAUAUGAUCCAUAUAAUGAUAUCUUCUUUACUUUCCACCCAGGUUAUGCAUCUCCUGAGAACCAAGACCUUUGGAUGAAUGGUACUAUGAAGGCUCUUUUGGAUACUAAAUGUGCCAUCUUUACCACUGGUUUUAACAAAACAGAUUUAUUAAACGACGUUGAUAUUUUACAAAAGAAAUAUGGUAAAGAACUUGAUAUGAUGAUGGAACCAACCAAGAACUUAUUUAGCUCAACCAAGUGGGAACUUAAUGACAUGAACCCACAAGAAGUUUACCAAUUCAAUAUGUACAUCGCUGGUUACAGAGGUAAGAGAUACCAUGCUGUCAAAUAUACUUAA